AUGAAGAGAUCAGCAAAAAUCAAGUUGACGGAAGCAGCUUUAGAAAAGAAAGUUUGCACGUAUGUUGGAGAAAAUGCUGCUUCCAUUGCCGUCGAAACGAAACCCUGUGACAUUGAAGAUUUGUGGAAGGUACAGGUCGAGCGAAUCACUGAGAUGCGUAAGUCGGGUGAUGCACCUGUGGACACAAUGGGAUGCCAUAAGUUACCUGAUCCGCUAGCUCCAGAAAAGGUGAAAGCGAACCUUUGGUAA